UAUCAUUCCGUGAACUUUAGUCUCCUAGAGCAAUGACCCCCUGCUUCAGUUGUAGUGCCCGCUUAUUUUCAAGAGAAUUCAUAUAAAACGAUUUCCAUCUUUUACAGCAGAAAUGUUAAAAGCGAGGACUGUCUUAGUAUACAUACUUCUAGUGUUUGAAUUUCAGUUUGUCUUUAUGUGCGAAAGUAAUCAGACUCGACAAGGCUGCCGCAUUCAGGAGGGUACAUGCUUGUGUGGGGUCGGAUGUUACUCGGAAUACAGAUAUUCUUCAAGGGAAGAAUGUAGGAAGGCUCUGAAAGGACGUGGUGAUGACCCCUGUCAGGUGAACCCAUGCGAGAAUGGAGGUUCGUGCAGUCAAAUAUCAUUUGAGCCUGGGUAUCGCUGUCGUUGCGAAGGGACAGGUUUCUAUGGCAACCGCUGUCAAAAUGCUUGUCCAAUACCAGGAACGUCAACAGGCCGAUACUCUUUCCCACAUGAGUGUAUUGUUAUCUGAGAAUGAUUGUGGGCGAAAUCUGACAUUUCAUAGUACUGAGAAGUAUCCAAAGUGGAUGUAGUAUAUUUACAAGUUUCUGCUUAUUGCUGGAACUCUAAAUCCUGCUACACAAUGCAACAAUUUGUCAAUACACAAUAGAAAAAUUCAUGCAUGGCACGAAAAAAAUCUGGAAGGAGUAAUUCUAUUUGACAACAAACUGUGUGAUUAAUAGGCUGUCAUCUUAAAGGAUUUUAUUAGGUCCUUCAAGAUAGAGAUUAAUGUUAAAAAAUAUGUUCAACAUAAAAACAUGUGCAUACAUCUGUUGCCUUCAUAUUAUACACAGCUGUUUCUUUUGUAACUACCUACAUUCUUUAAAAAGACAUUCUAUUGACCUUACCAUCCUGUAAGACUUUUUUUUCUUUUUUUAAGUUAAAAGACUGAUGCCUGUAACAUAAAUACAUACUAUGUAUUCCAUAAACAUAAUAACAGUACUGUGAACUCUAAAGCAGGUAGAUUGGUGGUAUUCAGAGCAUUAUCUUGCAUAAUGAUAGUGAGGUGGUAUGGCCUGCUUUGAAUAUUCAUUAACGUUAUAUGCAUUUAAGUGUCUGUAGGUACCAUCACUGCAAUUUUGCAUUUAUGAUGAUAUUUUUAAACAUACAUAUGAGUGUAGCAAAUGACUGUAAAUUAAGCGAGUUUGAUAUUUUAUGUUGUUGGUUUUAUUUUAAAAUAAUAACAAAUAGAUUCUGGGAGUAAAUUUUUGCAUCAAAAUUGUAUGUCAGCACUUGGAACAUUAAAGUAUCUAAUAAAUAAAGUGGAGCUCUCUCAUUUCCCUCUAUUUUUACAGCACGUACAAAGCCAUAUUUGAAAAACACAUACAUGAAAAGAAAAUGAAUAUGUAUGAACUAACACAUAAAACAGCAGCAUAUUCCUUACUUAGUAAAGAAAUGUGUCGCAAACAGGAGAUCUGUAUUCCUCAACUAAGUCUGAAUUUUUUAAAUAUUUUUUGUGUCUGUUGUAUUUACGUACUUCACUGGGGUCUUUUAAGGGCUAUUUACUCACAUCUUGAAAUAAGCAAAAAUGAUGAGAAAGAAGAAGAAAGUAAUUGAGAACUGUAUAAUAUUAUAGUAUAUCAAGAGUAACUAUUGUGAAUUGAUUCAUACAUACUCUACUUUCUCUAAAGGGGCAUGAUGAGGUAUGCCUGAUGAUUCAAGCUAUACAUUGGCAGAAUAAAAUAGCUGUAAUGAACUGUAACUGAAGAAUAUAAAACAAUUACUCAUCAUUAAUUAUAACUGAUUGUAGGUCAUUUUAUGCUAAACAUGGAUAUGAAUUGAAAUUUCUGCAGUUUGCAGAAAAACCA